AUGAGUCUCAAACUAGUUGCCGACGAGACCAAAGAAGCACUCCCGAAUGUCCGGGCUCAGCUUCCACCGGAGUUUGAUGUUGAAUGGUCUUUUCUCGAAGAUCUGAAUCAUCGAGAUUCAGCUCCUCUUCCGGCGGACUUAUGCCCAGCUUUAACGACACCGUGUACUAUUCAAGUACUCGAUAUGGAUUCAUUCGAUGCGGCAAUCCAGCUAGACCCCUCUCACACCGUCAACCAGCAUGUCACCAAGAAAAGGUCGGAUACCAGUACUGAGAAGGUGACCCCAGUGGCAGUCCUAAACCUUGCUUCCGAGCGUUCACCCGGAGGCGGCUGGCAGAAGGGCGCCCUCGCCCAGGAGGAAUGUCUGUGCUACCGCUCUUCGCUCUACCUCUCGCUCAACCGAAAACUUUACCCAAUACCCCCUCUCUCUGCCAUAUACUCACCAAACGUGGUCAUAAUACGCGAAUCCAUGUCAAGAGGCCACAAGUUACACAGUAACACUUGUCCGCCUGGCCUGCCCGCAGUUUCCGUCAUCAGCGUAGCAGCACUUCGUCAACCGGAAUUAUCAAACGACGGCACAGCGUUUAAAAGCCCUGGCGUAAGGUCUCACACCAAGAAGAACAUUCGCCUCAUACUGCGCGUUGCUGCUCGACAUGGACACAGAAAGCUCGUGUUGGGCGCACUGGGCUGCGGUGUAUUCGCCAAUCCGCCACGAGACGUCGCAAAUUGCUUUCUUGAGGUUUUUCGAGAGCCAGAAUUCCAAGGAGGGUGGUGGGAGAAGGUCGUGUUUGCCGUCAUGGACAACGUAAACGGACCAGAUGGUGGCAAGGACGGCAAGGGAAACUUUGGUCAAUUCUAUCAGGUUUUACAUGGACAAAUUGCGUGA